GCGCCCUCAGUCGUGACUCGAUCGUCGCGGUGAGUCGUUUUGUAGUCGUUUAUAAACUAUCGUUAUCAUAAAAUUGAUUGAAUUUUUGUAUAUUAUUAUAAUUGUGCGCACAAUUUUCAUAUUUCUUUCGAUAAUCAACGUUAAUUCUUUUGUUGAAAGAUGGCAAAUAUGAUUACAAGUGAGAAUAAUUGUCCAAGGAACAGAGAAACGGAGCGUAGCUUGACAGUCGGUCACGAAGCGAUCGAUUUUGAAAGGAACGCCGUUCUUCGAAAAUACGGAACCAAUCGAUCGUAUGCUAACCUUAGAGAGUAGAAGACCGAAUAAAUGGAUACCUAAUACGAAACGCAUCGAAUCAGUGAUUGUAUGUUUAUAAGUGGCAAUGAGGACGCGCGGUUUGGAUCGAUCAAAGAAUUAGAAUAGUUCUUUCUCUCUCCCUCUUUCUCUCUCUCUCUCUCUCUCUCCCUCUUUCAUCUCUUUCCCCUUAUUUCUCAUCUCUCCCUCCCUCCCUUCCUUCGGAAGAGAAUGAAAGUGUGCUAGAAAAAACGUGACAUCGAGUGCAUUGAUCGUGAUUUCCUUUUCCUUUACGUAUUUCGUGUAUAACGUGUGUUACGAACACGUAUGUGCGUUAUUUCUAAUAUAUACGUGUAUGCGCCUGUGCGUGUGCAUGCGCGCGCGCGCGCGAGCUCCGGCGAUGUCAGAAGUUCAUCGCAUGAAAGCAAUUGUCGGUUUUGUUCGAUAAGAAUGGGGCUGCCGGUGAUCGACCGACGGUUAGUGGUUUAACGUAACAUAACAUUACUUGACGCUACUGCAAACAUAGUAUGCAUAUUGGUGAAUAUAGAUGAGUGACACAUGUAUACGUAGCUGGUAUACAAAUACAUGGGGAUAUAGUUAGUGCGUGUGCGUAGGUGGGUAUCGAAUAUAAUGUGGGUGUGGGUGUGCGUUGUUCGUACGUAUGGACGUUCGUACGUACGCGUAUUUUGUGGUAACGUGUAAUGGCAUGGAAAUGAGGCGCGCGCGAGUGUCACGCCGAAAGAUACGCCUCUCGCCUGGAAAGCUACUUUGUGCUCUAAACUCGAAAGGAGAAUCCUCUCGCGAGUGGCCGUUCUUACCGGUUUAACCUCGUCGACAUCGUGCGUGUGUUCCUUCUGGCCUUUGAUUCUAUUUAUCCGGUUUUCGGAUACAUCUGUAAUUUUCCAUUGAAUUUUUAUCAACAUGUAUUAACAUCAAGUUACAACGAUUGUAAAGGGUCUCGUUCGUCAUUCACGACCUUCUUCAGAAUCUUUGGAUAUCCGAAAGAAAAAUGCGCAACGAGUGGCUAAGAAACUUGUUCGCGACAGCAAUUUUCGCCCUUAUGGUACAUGGGCAAUUGAGAUCACCGCGUAUAACGGAACAUCCUUCGGAUAUAAUAGUGGCCAAGAAUGAACCGGUAACAUUGAAUUGCAAGGCGGAAGGUAAACCUCAGCCCGUGAUUGAGUGGUAUAAGGACGGUGAACUGGUUCAAACAUCACCCGGAGAUGCAAAAUCACAUCGUGUUCUUCUUCCUACGGGAUCUCUUUUCUUCUUGAGAGUAAUGCACGGGAAAAAAGAACAAGACGGAGGAGUGUAUUGGUGCGUUGCAAGAAAUCAAGCAGGCUCUGUUCCAAGUCGAAACGCAACGCUAACUGUCGCAGUGUUGAGGGAUGAGUUUCGCGUGGAACCACAAAAUACAAGAGUCGCAGCUGGAGAGACUGCUCUGUUAGAGUGCGGACCACCCCGAGGUCAUCCAGAACCAACGCUGCAUUGGAAAAAGAAUGGCCACGAGAUAGAUUUGGAUGCUACUAAACGUAUCACUUUGGUAGACGGAGGAAAUUUGAUGAUUUCGGAUGUUAGGCAAACUGAUCAGGGAAAAUAUCAAUGCGUUGCCGAGAACAUGGUAGGCGUGAAAGAAUCUGCAGUGGCAACUUUGACAGUUCACGUGAAGCCAUUCUUCUUGUCGACUCCUGCGAAUCAAACGAUCCUAGCUGACCAAACGGCUGAGUUCGCCUGUCGCGUAGGCGGCGAUCCUCCACCUGAGAUUCUUUGGCGACGAAAUGAUGGGAAAAUGCCAAUCGGGCGGGCGCAUAUUUUGGACGACAAAAGCUUGCGAAUCGAAAGGGUGACGUCGCAAGAUCAAGGGACGUACAUUUGCGAUGUUGAGAACGGUGUCGGUGCCAUAUCUGCGACUGCAACUUUGACGGUACAUUCAAGGCCAAUAUUCAGCAGUUUUCCGAAAGACGAGAUAGUCAGCGUCGGAUCGAACGUUUCGUUUUCCUGCGCGGCUCGUGGCGCACCGCAGCCUUCUAUCUUUUGGACACGCGAAGGUUCUCAAGAAUUAAUGUUCCCUGGAAACGAAUACCAAGGACGUUACAAAAUCACAGAGGAUGGGAGUUUACGUAUCAAGAGCGUACUUGGAAAGGACGAAGGACACUACGUUUGCAGCGCGAUCAGUCAGGCUGGUGCGAGCACAGCUACAGUCUUUCUUCAGGUUACAUCGGUCGAGGAGGUUCCGCCGCCUGUCAUCGAAAUUGGGGCAACGAAUCAAACGUUGCCUCCGAAAAGUGAAAUUUCUUUGCCGUGCCGUGCAUUCGGAAGACCUAGCCCAAAAAUCCGCUGGUACAAGAACGACCAACUUGUACGAAUCGAUGGCGACGAUCGAUUUGCGAUCGCUGGUAACGGCACUCUUUCUCUGAAAAAUCUUCAAUCGAGCGACACGGGAAUAUACAAGUGUGUUGCAUCCUCCGAGUCCGGGAAUACGUCAUGGUCGGCUAGUUUAACGAUUAGCCCAGCAACGAGUUAUCAGGGCGUCGUCAUGCCAGAUAUAUCGCUACUUCCCGAAAGUCCAAGCAAACCAAGAAUAGUGAAUACCACUAGCAACACGGUGACGCUCACCUGGAGCCCGGGACACGAAGGCGUUAACAAAAUAAUCGAUUACACGGUCGAGUAUUUUGCCACGAAUCCAAAGACUAGCUGGAUCGUUGCCGGAACGAGAAUAAUAGAUGACGUCUAUACCGUAACGAAUCUCAAGCCAGAUACGAGUUACGUGUUCCUUGUUCGUGCUCGAAACAGUCAGGGUCUUUCCGUUCCUGGACCGUUUUCCGAUGUGGCGCGCACGACUAAUAUCGAUCAACACGCGAUUCCUCAAACUGAACUAAUUCGAGCAAGAGAUCGUCUCAACAGUGAAAUUCUUUACUUGAAGGAUGUUCAGCCUUUGAGCAGUACCAGCGUAAAGAUCGUAUGGGACAUACUGGGAGCUGCCGAUUUGGUCGAAGGCUUGUAUAUAAGAUAUCGUCAAGUUUCCGAGAAGCCAGAAUAUCGAAUGGUCACGGUACUGAAUGCCGGAGCAACCAGCUACGUUUUGACCAAUUUAAACAAGUACACGCGUUACGAGUUCUUCCUAGUUCCUUUUUUCAAGACUAUCGAAGGGAGACCGAGCAACGUGAAAUUAGCGAUCACGCUGGAAGACGUACCUUCCGGGGCACCCGAAAAUGUUCAUGUCGGCAUGAUAAAUGUGACCUCGGCAUUCGUUCGUUGGUCUCCACCGCCGAAAACUACACAAAAUGGACAAUUAAUAGGAUAUAAGAUUCAAAUCAAAAGCAAUAGCAGCAACAAGAUUUUGGGCCAGAUGUCUUUAAAUGCGUCGACAACGUCGGUGAUUAUCAACAGCCUAACGACAGGUGGUCUUUACACGGCGCGCGUUGCCGGGUUAACUCGUGUAGGUCUUGGACCGUUCUCCAAUCCAACCGUUUUGAACAUGGAUCCGGGACAAUUGACGCAGUUGCCGCCACGAACAGAUCCGAGUCAAAGAAAUGCCUCUGUCGUGAGUGAAACUUGGUUUUUGAUUCUCGUGAUAACGGUCGUGUUGACCAUUAUCGCCGCGUUAUUGGGUGCUGUUUACGUUCGUCGAAGGCAAGCGAUGAGUAAACAGCUCGGCCACUUGAAUGUUCCUGUCGGCACGGCUAAUGACAUUUGUCAAUUAAACAAAGAUACUCUGUGGUUAGAGCGUGGUUGGAGGCCGAGUAACACACUCCAGGCUUCCACCACCGAUAAAGACUGCGAAACGAAGCUAUUAAGCAAUCAGAAUCAAAUCGGCCUGCCACCUGGAAUCGUUGGAAUGGCUGGCUCGGAAUACGCUGAAGUUAAUCUAACGACAUUUUACAAUGCUCGAAAACAGUUGCAAGCUCCGCCAGAACCAUACGCUACAACGACACUCUGCAUGCCUGCUCGUAGCCCGGAUUCGAUAGAAACGGCCGGUCGAAAGUCGAAUUCCAGUGAUUCUUGUCUGAAGCCGGACUAUUCGAGUUUGGAUUCGAACUUGGAUCGAAACAAAUCAACCGUGUCUCCGAGCAGCGACAAUGCCAGUAGCGUUUAUAACGCAGAGGAUAAUACGGAAACGCAAAGAAGAGCUCAUCAAUACAGAAUGCCGCUGCCAAAUGAAAAUCAACCACCGAAUUGGUGCGAUAUGCUACCACCUCCGCCGGAACAUCCGCCUUCGUUCGAGGGAUCUCUCGGUUCUUCCAGAUCGCAUUCGCAUACGCAUCAACACCAACACCAACAUCAGUAUCAAUAUCAUCAUCAUCAUCAUCCGCAUCAAAUGCAGCAUCAGUAUCAGCAUCAACACCAUUAUCAACAGCAGCAGCAGCAGCAGCAACCACAACAACAGCAACAACAACAGCAGCAACAGUACCAACAUCAAACCGCCUUUAGCCCCCACCUAGGCAAGAGAAGUAUCGAAAGGCAAAACGAUUUGGACUUGAUCACGAGCGCAGGACUAGCGUUGGGACUGGGUUUAAGCUCGAGUUCGAAUUCAGGUUCUGGUUCUGGUUCGGGUUCUGCAGGUGGAAGCGGCGGCGGUGGUGGAGGCACUGGUAGCGGUGGUGGUGGUGGAGGAGGUGGCUCCGGUUCGGGCUCAGGAUCGAGAAAUUCGCAAAGUCCACCGAGUCCGCCGACCAGAAUAAUUAACAAUUUAGCAGGCUCGAAUACAAUUUGGAACGAUUCGGGUCAGCAGACUCAACCAUUCGACAAUUCUAUUGCGCAAAGUAACGUCCAUCAGCAAGGUAGAUACACGAGUUUGCCUCCGCAAACGAAUCCACCGGCACUGCCCGUCUUUCCACAAUCGUUCGACUGUUACGAUUCGUACAAAGGUAAUCACGAAAACGAAUACGAGAGCGGCUCUCUUUUGUACGGUCAACGAAAUGAUUCGCCAUCGGAAGACUACGAUUCUGCGUACAGUCAUGUAAAUCGUGCGGAUUCACGAUCGGAACGAUCAAUAGCGAACGAGGAUAUCUAUCGACGAAACGAUCAAGAUAUCUAUACAACGGAGAACCUUUAUCAAGCUGAGAACGACGAAUGGGAUAGAAAGUCGUGCGAUUCGAACGCGCACUCGGAUAUUUGUUGUUCCUGUUCGGAAUCCAGUUGCCUGUAUGGCAACACCCUCGAAUACAACGACCAAUUCGCUCCGACAUCGGCCAAUUGCCUCCAUGGUAAAACAGGUUCCCGAAAUAGAAAUGGCAAAAGUCCACGUAGAAGAAAUACUAGAACUGCUUCACCGACCUAUAGUAGCGGUGACAGUAAUUAUUCUUGUAUCCCUCCAAGGCAAUCUGGAAACAUUAGCUCGCAAGAAAGGACGAGGCAUAACCGUGGCAAAGAUAAAGUGCCUAGCUUUUCGAGAAUCGGCGGCUAUCCUCAGCACAAUUCCUCGGCCUCGAACACAGUCAGCAGUUCUGGAAGUCAAAGAUACAACAAGCUGAACAAUGUUUUCGUAGGUGGUGGGAAUUCAAACGCUCCUAUAGAGUGUAGUCGGCCGGCCGACCUUCGCGAUGGCUAAUGUCACAAGGAUUCUCGGAGGAUCAAGACCGAUCGAUAGAAUCGACCGUUAUUGAUACGAACCGCUGUUUCAACCUCGAACGAAUUACUUGGAUCGCAACGAAUCGUAGCCGUUUCGCGCGACAAUAUCGCCAACAUUCUCAAAGUACCUUUUCCGGGCUAAGCUCGUCCUCGAUGUCUCCAAACCUUAAUAGCUACUCGUAUUAACCGUGAUAUUCCUUUAUUCCUCUCUCUUUUCUUCCUUCCACCCUCUGCCGCGCGAAACUCUUUCAUUCUCAUAUUCAUUAAUAUUCUUCUAAUAGAUGGGUUUAACCUCGUCUCUAUUAGCCCUGUUUACGCAAGUAGUGCGGAGAAUGCGUUCGUCUCGUAGUUUCGAUACUUUUGAUAAUUACCUAACCGAGUUGUUGCGUUUCUUCGUUUUUUGCUCAAUAUAUCACCAAACACUGCCAUUGAGUAAUGAAAAUGGAUGAUGGACGAUAUGGUUGACAGUGAAAAGUGAACAGUGAACAGUGAACAGUGAACAGUGAACAGUGAACAGGAUGCGAGAUGAUGGAUAUGACGAAAAGGAAGCGUUAUAGAUCGAAUAGAUUUAGUUUCAUAAUCUUUGUUCGUGAGUAACGAUAAUUUACGAUUUCAACGUCGACUUCGACAUUGCAAACCAUAUUAACACGCAAUAUAUUGUUACGCGUAUGCGCACAUGGCAGUCCUGUGCGCUAGAUCAACGUGGCACUUGUGUACUUUCCAGAAAUUUUAAAUUUUCGCCGCUCAGAGUUCCGCACGGUUCUAUUAUUUUCCGAUGUAACGUUCCUAAAUGGUUAAAAAUGAUUCUUUAACUUUGUCGUACGGAUACGAACGUGCUGCCACGUGAUACUUCUUAAACGAUAUACAUAUGUAUGCACAACUUUUAAGGGUACGUGCAGCAAAGAAUGAUCGACUGUCGUGCAACAAGUAUUACAUCAUAUCGAACAGUUUUUUUUUGUGUAUGUGUGUAUGCGUGUGUGUGUGUGUGUGUGCGCGCGCGCGCGCGUGUGCAUGUGUGCGUGCGUGCAGGAGCUUCUUUCUUCUAUGAGCAGUUGAAACAAUGGAAAGUAGCUAUCGACCUGUGUCUUUCGUCGUAAAUCUCCAAUGCGAAUCGGAAACGAGCAGCUAUCGUCUGUAUUCUAUUCGUUGCAUCGAUCGAAAGGGAAAAAACAAUUGCCACGUAACACUGGCGAAUUGAUUCGUCGGUAAUCGCUUACGAAUACCAGUGAAGAUUACGGCGGACGAAGAAAAUACGAAUAAGUGACAAGCUACGAGGACGACGACCAACAGUGUUGAAACGGCCAGAAUAAUAUUCUAAAUUGGAUCUAAUCGGGCGUCGUUGAUCCGAGCACAUUUACAAACUGCAUCUCUUGGUUCCUCCUAAUCUCAGUGUAUGUUGCGUGAGAGUUCGUCAAGGCUCCGGAAUUGGAACGAAUCUUAAUGUAAAUUGAGAUAGUCGAAUAGAGGACACUCGUUGUGUAAUAAUCGCUCAAAUUCGUUGUAAUUAGUUUGUUCUUUCGCGUGAGGAAACAAAGAGUAAAUAUUAUUAAAGAACUGACUGAUUGUAGAUCGGCGAUCGUCGAACUAUAUUAUAUAGUUCUAAUGAAUGGGUUUAUUAAUACGUUGAGCGCGGCGCCGGUCCCUGGGGCCGACAGUAUUAAAGUUAAAAAUAAAUGUAGUCAUCUCAAUGAAAUUUAUUAAAACACUCUAAACAAAAAUGUGGCUGUUGCAUUUACACAUAUUACGUGAUAAAACGUGACAACUUUUUUGGUCAAAUCUUUGGCUAUCUUGCGUCCAAGUAGUUUUGAAUUGUUAUCAUAACAUCCCGAAGAAUAUCUUCGCACUUUAUGUACGUCUCCUUCCUCUUUGCGUAAUUUAUGAACGAUUCUUCCUUCAACUUGGAUAUUUGGUUGAUUGCCUUUUGCUUUGAAGUGGCGGAUCACCCUGUAUCAACGUAUCACUUGGGCGCUCGCUCACUGCCGGCUAAACGGAAAAGAUAGCAAUUUCGGCGCCGCGCUCAACGUGUUAACAGACGUUAACAAGCGUCAAAGAGAAAUAACAGACGCUGAACGCACUGCCGAAUAUCACAAUUCGGCAAGACUACGUAGAUCGGGUGUGGAGAUACGAUUCAAUGUGUAACAUAAGUAUAUAAAAUUAUCCGCGCGAGUAACGGUUCGCAAAUGAAAUUGGUAAAUCCGUAGAUCGCAUAUAGAAACAUACAAGUAUAAUCCAUCCAGAAAGGCGAGAAACAAGAAUAAAUGAGGGAAAAAGCUAUUAGUAACGAAUUAAAUUGAAAGAAGGAGAGCGUUCGUUUUCGUAGAGUGUUUAAAUAAAUGAUAAAUUUCGAACAACAGUUAGAACAACAGAAAGAGAGAAACGUAGCUACGUAGAACUUAUAUUUUAAGUAUUCACCGUAACAAUAUUCAAACAUUAUCUCUGAUAGUUUGUUUAGACUGUACACUGAGUUUGCCAAACUUCGUCUUUACGGACUCUAUUGACUGGUGGUAAAUGGUCCUUUUCUAUAGGCACAUAUGUAUGUAGAUUCUUUUUGGGAGAAGAAACAAACAAACAAACAAACAAACAAACGAACAAACACCUCCAAAUUUGUACAUAAAUUCGCACUCGAACUCUUCCACAAUAUGGGAGCAGUUCGAUCGAUAGUAGUUACUUAUUUAGAUACCGAAAAUAUUUCGAGUUCAAGAUCGAGAACUCGUGAUACUUUUGUCACAGAUUAUGCGGCAGAGUAAACGAUUCUUGAACCGAUUCAGUUAUACCGAACCAUCCUAUCAAUUUGCAAAGCGAAAAAAGUAAUGACGUUAUUUUUAUAGUUUCUCAUAUUUGCACGAUUGUUACGAUGGUUCAAACUGUUUGUAUGUAUCAUAUUACGCGUAACACCUUCAACGUUGAACGAAAAUAUAAGAUCGCGUACGGAUCGUGACGACACACACACACACAUACACACACACACACACACACACACACACACACACACACACACACACACACACACACACACACACACACACACACGCAUGUACACGCACGCAUACACCAAAUUCUUUUUUCCUUAAACUCGCUUUUAUUCGUAUCCCCACUAUCGCGGGCUUACUGCGCAAACCCUCCCCUCCCCUCCCCUCCCCUUCACCUUCUCAAUCCCGUGCCCAAUCCUUAAUUCUUUCAUUCUCGUUUCUCGUGUCGUCUAUUGGCCCGUAAUUUGAGUUGUCCUGUCUGUCUUAAAUUGCCCUUACGCUUAUGCGCUUGUCCUUGCGCUCGUCGCAUCUCCAUUAACUCUCCAUUUACUCUACCGACCACCUGCCGAGAAUUAAAACGGCGAACGGAAUAUAACGAGAAACACAUGUCGAUGUGUUCUUCCGUUUGUGAAAAGUGAAGAGUGAAAAGUGAAAAGUAAGCAAAUUGAAUGUAAUCCGAACUAUAUCGUCUUCGUUGAAAUCGAUUAAACCAACUUUGUCCCGAACGAGGGAAAGUUUCACGAAAGUUUCGUAAGUGAUUUAUUAUCAAUCACUGCCAAUAGCUGAAUAGUCUCUUGCGAAGAUUGGACGCUUUGUUGACCGACUGACAAAAAUUGUCGACACGGUAGAAUAACGAUAUAUAUAUUUUAUAGUCACAGCGCGCUAAUCGUCAUAUCAUUAACAUUCGGAUCGAAAGAUCUAAUAACGAUAAAAAAACGUUCCCAACACUACGAUUCGAUAAGUUUCAAUUUUACUUGCAUCUUUUAGCCACUAGGUCUAAAUUAAAUCGUGAAGGCUGAUAAGUGAUUUAGCUUAAAUAUUCUUUACGUUUUGUAAAUAAAGCGCAUCAAAGAAACAGAAAUUGUUCGUUUGUUCGUAAGCGUUUUCGUAGGCAAUAACUUAUUUAUUAUAAAACAAAUGCAAGUGAUUGUCCACUUUGAACAUGUUAUUGAAAAGGAAAAUAUGAUACUAAUAAAAUUGGUCGAUACAGACUAGUGUCAUACGCGUACAGACAAACACAAGACGCGCACAAAUGUAGAUAACUAAAAAGUAAUAAUUAUUAUUGUCAAGUACUACAUAUACAUAUAAAGUGAUAUACAAAAGCGUUACGCAAUAUACGAGUAACGAUUAUUAAUAAAAACAAAGAAAAAGUGAUGUUGAA